AUCUCGAAAACCCUCCCUCGAAAGUUAAGUUUCUCCUCCUCCGGUGCUUUCUCCACCGGCGCUGCUAAGGCCCUUCAGUUGGGUCCCGCAGUGGCGCUAAAAUCGCGAACCAAUUCCUCGGGUCAGCUAUUGAGCCAUGCGGUCUCCAGUGAUCCUCUCCUCACCUCCAUCCCAGCACCUGGCACAGUGGCAAAUCCAAUCCCACUGCAGGGUCACAUGUUGCAACGCAUCCACUUUCGUGUACCGGCCGUAUGUAAGUCGAGCAGGGACUUUCGAAUCUUCAACACACAUUGCGGUGUCUUCACCGACCUAUGGGCCUCGCAGUAG